AUGGAGCAGCAGCAGCCAGGGUCUCCUCCUAUAUACGCACAGAACAGCUCCACCAGACGGAGCCAUUGGUCCCGUCUAAGCAGGCGGCCUGCUGGACCUGUUGCUCGCCCCACUUCUGUGGCUUUUAGAGGCAUUCCCGUAGAUGGAGGUCGAGUAUCUGUAGAGGAGAAGCAGCAACAGCCACAACUGCAUCUAGGCAAUAACGCCAGCGUCAAGCCAGAGAAAUUGCAAGGAGCGGAGGCAGGUGCCUUUGUGAAGCAACAAUUUCACGAAGUGCGCCGGCAGCUAGCUCCACGUCAGGGUAUGCAGAGACAACAGCAGCAGUACAGACAACAGACAUGCCUUCAAAAGGCUUAUCUAAGGCGCCAGAAGCAGCUUUGCCAACCGCAGCAACAACACCUGCGCCACCACCUGCACAUAUCGCAGGGGCAGAAGAAACAGCAAGAGCCUCAUGAGCAGCUACACUGGCUGCAGCUAGAAGGCGCGCAGCUGGGGGAAGGUACAGUGGAGCAGGCGAUGCAGCCAUUUCCAUCGGAGCCGGACGGACGGCAGCAAAACAAACAGCAGAAGCACGACCGUCAACGAAUAGGACCACCCAGCUCAAGACAAGCGAGACGUACCCCGCAACAACAGCCGCAAGUGCAGGGGCGACCAAGACACGAACGUCUGCAGCAAAGACCGCAGCAGAAUCAGCAACGGCGGCGGCCCCAGUCGCAACACCAACUUCGAAUGCUGGAACAGAAGCAGCAGCUGGAAAUUGUGAGGCGAGAUAUUGAGGCGAUGGAACUUACGCACCAGCGACAGCCGCGGUUCAUGCCUAAGGAUGAACCCUAUUUGUACCCGGCAGUAGAGGUAGUGGUGCAGAAUGAAUACUUCCCCAAAGGAGAGUUGGAUCCGGAAGCUCAAACUGUCCAGCAAGACGUGGAUGUUCAACUGCCGCCGUUGCCUCAGCAGCAGCAGCAACAACAACAGCUACAGUUGUUGCUGCUGCAGCUACCAGACGAGCCACCAUAUCCUCUUUCUUCUGAAUCCCAGCAUAAAGGCUGUAGAGGCCCCCAACCUGCACGACAAGUGCAGCGGAUGUGUGGCGAGCUGCCUGUGUAUAAGUGGGAGGAGAGGAUUGAUGGUGCGCCUCAGGCAUCCGCUUUGAGAACGCAAAUAAUGUUGCACGAAAUCGAGAUUUUGAGGCAGAAGCAGGAGGCAGAGCUACAGAAGGUCUGGCUGGGUCACGGCGACCAGUUUGCGAAGCUCAAGAAGUUCCAGUGUGAACAGGGGAAGGUGCAGCCGAGGCUCUCUCGGGAUCAGCUGGCGGAGCAGCAGAAGCGCCACGUGCAGCAAGGAGAAGAACUACGGCAUCUUCACAGAUUGCAAACAGCAGACAUUCGCCUGAAACAAGAAAUGGCUAUGGAGUUGUUAAUUUGCAGGGUUAAGGACAUGCUCGGUCUCCCCCAGCCCCCCAAACCUCCGCAGCUGCCUCGCCCGAAGCUGCCAGAAUACCUGAGAAAAGUGCAUGCAAGCCCCAUGAAGGAUGAGGACAUUCAUGCCGUACUGCAGCAGCAGAUGCUGCUCAACCACGAAGAAGAGACGCUUCUCGUGGAACAGGAGAAAGAAAGACAAAAGAAAAUCCAGGCGGAAAAACAACUGUACAGGAAACGGAUGGCAGCAGCGGGACACGAAGUCCCACAAGAGAGACCUAAGCGGAAGCCCAUCAAACUUGAACAUGCCAGCGGCUUUAAUCAACUCCAGCAGCUGAGGUUCCAAGCGGACGCGGAGGAUGGGCAGCAGCAGCAGCAGCAGCGGGAAGAGGAUCAGGGACCUCGCAAGCAGAAGACUAUAAGGGACUUCAACAAAUUGCAGCUGCUGCAGGAUCGAAAGCUGCAUAAAUUACGCGACCAUUGCCGGCCGGAUCAGGGCCUCCAAGGCCCGAGAGAGAGUCAUCUACAGGACUGGCUGAGUCUUAUGCAGAACAGAGGGAAACCAGCAAACAUUCGACGCAUACGACCGCAAAGGUGUGCGUCACAGGAGCAUAUAGAGCUGCCUCCGCAGCUCACACGCACCCCACAACAGCUGACAGUACGGAAGAACGAUCGUAACGCUGACUUAGAGGAGCAACGCGUACAUGCAGCCGUAUCAGCUAAGGAUCUCCAGUGGCUUCCCCUUCCGCAGCUUCUGCGGCCGCCUGUGGACGCAGCAACAGCACAACAGCAGCCUUACCUGAAUCCGCAGAAGAGUGCAGACUCCAUUCGCGAGGAGCAACAACACCUUACUCCCCUUUCUCACCAGAAAGUGCUCUCCAAAUCUACACUUGACUCUCAAGAGACCCUCCAGCGCUCCCAUAUACAACUGCUGCAGCGGCAGCAUUUGCAUUCUCUGCCUCCCCCUGCCCUCUACCAAGAACAGAAGACUGAGAACACAGCAGAAACCAGCCGGGAUCAUCAAUGCCAUGCUCACCAUCUCGUGCAAAGCGACAACUUGCUCAUGGAACAUCGGACGUGUGGGCAGGAACAUGGGGAGCAGCGCCAGCCGGGCGCCCAAUCACAGCACUAUCGUCACCACGAGAGUGGGUCCGGAAGCGAAGACGUGUUUGCACAAUUCGUCGCGACAGCGCAUCUCCAGCAGCCGGCCCCUGGGUUGCUCCUGCAGGCGGAACGGGGCAUAGUAGUGCAAGAGGUGUAUACUGGGGAGAGACCGCAAACUAAGAGGAGCGAUAGCUCGAUCCGUAGCCCGACGAAGCCGCUCCGUUUCCCAGAAGAGCGGCGGACGCUGCAGGGCACACAACGUGCUGAGCCACUGAGGAUUCAUCAACAAGACCAACAGCAGCGCCUGCUACAGCAGCUAAAUCUUUCCCAGACAGAUCCAGAACAACAGCCGCAGCAGCAGCACGAGCCAUUGCACAUCACAUCCGGGUGGCCCCAGCAGCAACAACAGAAACAACAGCAUAUGUAUCAGCUCCACAGAGAGCACCAAGAGUUUGGGGAGCCACGAGCUGUUGUGUAUCCCUCUUCUAGCAGCAUGCAGACUCGUGAUGGCUUAAUAAGUGGGCAGCGCCACCUGCAGUCAGAGGGCCCAACGCAGCUAUAUCCUGCAGCAGGUCCCGGAGGAGACCUGCAGGUUCUGCAGCAGCAACAGCAACAGCAACAGCACCAGAAACACGCUAAAUCGUUGAUUACACACCAAGAAACGUUAUUGAACUCCACCGCACCUGAAGGGCAACAGCUGCUGCAGCAGAUGAGAAUCGAGCCGGAGCAGAAGCAGGAGCUCCACAACAGGAACAUGUACCCCGUACAGCAGCAUUUCACACAGGGACAAGAAUUGUCACUACAUUUGCAGAGGGGGUUGAACGUUCAGCAGCUUCUCCACGUACAGCAGUUGCAGAAAAUGCAGCAGCAGCAAAUGCAACAACAACAAAUGCAGCAGCAGUGUUUCCGGCUGCGCCAGCCAUUGCUGCAGGACCAAACGUGGCAGCCACAACACCUUGGGCAGGCAGAGCAGCCUUGUCAAGAACGGCAAACACACCUGCAAGAAUGUUUCACGAACCUGAUUAGCAUGCGCCGUCAACCGGAAGUUCAGCAGCUUCCCCAAAUCCACGAGAAGCCGCAUCUGUUGGAGCGAUCGGUUCUGCAGCCUACAGCGUCAGCAAUGCAAAAGCAUGCUCAGCCUAACCGGUUGACGCAACAGCAGCAAAUGCAACAGGAAGAACUGCAGCUUGCGCAAGCGACGCAAAAAUCCAGCCAUCCUACGCAGGAACCUGUGUUGAGUGAGCUUCAGUAUCUGCCCCAGGAUGGGCCUACGCUACAGCAGCAACAACAACUGCAGCAGCAAUCCUUGCAGCGGGAGGGGCUGAACUUGCAAGACGGCUUGCUGCCCCACGUAAUGCUCCCCGAACAGCAGCAGCGGCAUCAGCAGCAGCAGUAUCAGCAGCAGCACAAGUAUCAUCAUCAGCAGCAUCAUCAGCAGCAGCAUCAACAGCAGCAACACCUGCAGCUCCAACAGCAGCUUUCGGAGAGUACCGUAUCGCAGAAGCAACCACCGCAGCCACCUCAGCAGCAGCUGCACUUUGGCCAGGGAGUGCGGCAACAGCACUGGCAGCAGGAGCAGGGAAAAGGUCAGCAAGAGCCUAGUCGUCACAUGCAAGGCUUGCACCAACAGCAAUUCGGACACCGGCAGCACGUUCUGCAGGUGCAAUGCUCGGCUCAGCUGCAGCAGGAGCACCUUCUAGAGAACCAUUUGCAGUUGCAGCAGCUGCUUCAGCACCAAGCGCCGGCUGGUGAACUGCAGCAGAUCAUGGGACAUGAGCAGGCACAGCUACGCCGGUUGCUGCACCAAUUAGCGCACAGUAAACCAUGGCAGGCAAGUCAGGCUCAGGCCCAUAAGCAGCAGGAGCGCAUGCCUCCUACUCCUCACUUCCCACUGCAGUUGCAGAUAUCACAGCAGCUGCACAGGCUGCGCCUCUUUCAGCAACAGAGGCAAACGCCACAGCUCACGCAAACACAACACCAAAUGCAACUGCUGCUUCACCUACAGUAUCUGCACAAAAUGCCACUCAGUCAACUACCACACCAACUGCAACAACCUCAGCAGGUGGGCUUCCUACAGCAACACCACGUUUCGAAUUGUCUGCAGAACCUGCCCUCGGAGUAUGCUGCGGCGUUGCAGCGGCAAACGCAAAGCAUAAAGCAGGCUUUCGAACGGCUGCAGCAACUGCAGCAGCAGCCGAAACAGCCUCAGCAGCAAGCACGGCAGCAGCCGGAGCAGCUCGGGAACACUGAAUCGUUACAUGAGACCGGCCUGAUGAUAACUGGCUCGCCGCCUCCGUGUGCGGAGGAGCAGAAACUGUCGGAGGUGGAGGUUGGGCGGCAACAGGAAAACUGGAGCCAGCAAGAAACAGAGUACCAGCAACAGAAGGCGGAUAUGCAGAACUGGCUUGAGAUGCAGCAGCAGCAGCAAAGGCAGUCGAAGCAGCUACAAGACCUCCAGGAGGCUCUGAGCCAUGGUAAGGCACCCGACGUCAUGUGGAGACAAGCCAGACUACUGUUGAGGGCACAGAUGCAGCUGCACCUGGAGCAGCUGCACCACAUUCAUCAACAACAGCGGGGGGCUCUCACGAAAAUACAUGAGCGGCAGCGCAAUCAGGUGAAGCAACAACAACACCAGCACCUGCAGCGGCUUGGAAAUACCGUCCUACGCAUCAAGCUCUCGUGGCACCACGAAACUGUACAUAAAGUGCUGCAGAAACACCAACGCAUGCAGCUGACUGCCCUGAAUGACACGCAAAAGAAGGAAGAGCGCGUCUUGCUGCAGCAGCAGCAGCAGUUUGAACUCACAGCUGCUGCAGACCCCCAGAAUCGGCCCGAUUGUCAGACGCAACUGCGGCGCGCCAUGCGGCUGCUUGCUCAGGGACCGUUCGUACAGUGUGAGGAGGAGGGGCAGCAGGCUCCACAUGAGCAGCAGAAGAAGGCACAGGAGCAGCACCAGCAGCAGCAGCAGCAGCAACAGCACCGGCGACAGUUGCUGCAAAACCCUCACUGCCCAGAGCAAGAAGCGAAAAGGUCAGCAGCCAUGGACGUUUUAGAGCAGCUGCAGCGCACACAAAGGGAGGGAGAGCUGCAACAGAGACAACUGCAGAAGCAGCUGAAAGAGCAGCAUCAGCAGCAGCUUGCGCUUGUGCAGCAUACUACAGAGGGUGGGGUGCUACAUUCUGAAGAGGCGGGAAGUACCCAUCAGGUCUUUCGCAGCAUCCUCGGCCUUAUGGCGCACCAGGAGGACUUAGACGCACAGAAAGCAGAGCUUUUGGAACUUGCUACUGCACAGCUGCAAGCCCACACGGGCAUUGGCACUAGCAGCAGCAGCAGCAACAACACUACAAAUAGCUCCUGCAACAGCUACAACAACUACUGCGCUACCAACUGCAGCGGUAACAACACAAGCGGCAGGAGUUUUAGCAAAAGUGGGAGCACCAGCAACAUUGAAGGGUGCAGCAGCGACAGAGGAACUACUAAUGGCAGCAGCGGCAUUCCAAUAGGUAACAACGGCAACAGCGGAACAGCUGGCAGCAAUGGCAGCAGCACCGGGAUUUCGACUGGCAGCCAGCAGACGAACCGCAGCAACAACGCGGACAUGCCUAGUAGCAGCACAAACAGCAGUGGCUGCAGCAGUAAAGACCGUGGAAUCGAGUUGGGUGCUACGCCUAACUCCGAGGAAGCACAGAAAAGGAACUCCCAAAGCUGCUUGUCCUCUGUGAGGAGCAGCGCGUACUGCUUUACAGCACCACGAGCCGCUGGAGCUGCAUUGGCCGACGUAGCAGAGGCCGCAGCCGCCGCAAUAGCAACAGGUGCUUCACGCUAUGCUGAAGCAGUAGAACGCUCUGGGAGGAGCUCUGAGCAGGGUCUGGAGCGUCCCUCUGGCUCAGAUAUGUUCAGCAAGAGGGAUGCAGACAGGCGGGCCCUGGCACUGCGUGUAGCCCGCUUGCUGCAGCAGUCCGAUGCGUGCUUUGCUUUGCCUAAAGUGGACACGAGGCCCUUUUCAGCUUUGUUAAAGUACAUUGUGCCUGCUGCAGAGCAGGCGGAGGCGUUGCGGGAGCUGCAGCGGCAGCAGCAGCUGCACACUGAACUACUGUCGUCUCUUCGUCGCAUCACCGCCAAGACGGAGCAGCUCCUAUUGCAGCACCCCGAGCUCCUUGUUGAAGUCGCCUCUCUGCGUCAAAACACACAAGACAGAGACCUGCAAGAGCUGGCCCGCUUCAGUAGCGUGGACGCCAAGAGCGCAGUGCUCUGUCUUGCUAGAGAUACACUGGUCGCCUUUCCUGCAGCAAAAACAGAGGACCACCUCCGGUCUUCCCUCCAGGAGGUUAGCGGUGCAGGAGCCGACGGACCUGCGGCGGAGCAACCAGAAACCAACAACUGUCUCCCCAGAGGCCUUGAAACCCCGCUGUCCCUCUUCUCUUCAGCUUCAGAAACGCUUCGCCUCGGGUCCCUGCAGCGCGUGCCCCCGCCUUCGCCAGCCAACCGACUGUCACCUCCUCCAGAAGGGGUAUCCCCAGGUCAACCUUACUUGGCGCCUCUGCAUGCGCAACAACCCCUGGGCUUCGAGGACACAGAAACGGAGGAUGCGCAUACCCAUUCAUCUUCGUCUGAUGUCGCUUUCGGUUUUCCUUUUCCCCACUCCUCUGCCUUGCACGCGCAGCAGCAGGAGCACCUCGAGUUGCUCGUGGGGCCCCCGUUCUCCACUCCGUCAGCAGGAGUGAUGGAUGCCCCAUGGACGCAUUUAGAAGACCUUGGAGGAGCCCUUGGGGCCUGCGCGGUCCCCAACAACCGGCCCCUGUGCCUAAUACCAGCUGCCAACCGCCUGUACGCAUGCAGGCAGGUCAGCCGGAUGGAGCGACACUACGUCGUGCAGCAGCAGGAACGUCUGCUGCUUCUGCACCACCUCGAACACGGAGGACGGCAACCUCCCGCUAAACCUGCACGCCCACCUCCCAGGCAGAGGGGCCGCAGGAGAAGGGGUACAAGAGGUGGCGCCGCCAGAGCUGCGGCAGCUGCUGCUGCGGCUGGAGCUGCUGCAGCUGCAGCUGCGGCUGUAGCGGCUGUGGCGCAGCAGGAGCCUAGUAGUAACAGUAAUCCCACUCAAAGUAACCCAGAUGCUCUUGUUGGAGUUCAUGAUGGACUCGUUGGGUUACCCUCAGGUACUGCUGCCUGUCGACAGGUGCAGACUGGUGAUCAGCAAACAAAUGCAGUAAGAGAUUCUGAAGUUGCUGCAGCAGCAGCGGCUGCUGCUGCUGUUGCUGCUGCUGUCCGCAUUGGUAACGUUCGGCGGGAUCUGCAGCACAAGAUGCCUUUUUCUUGGCCCGGGGGUCCAGGAGGUCGUGAAGUAACUGUCGUCGAUUGGGGGUCACCCCGUGAUAGGUGCUGGGGGAGGGUAGACGGGCCUGAGAUGUUUGCUACAGAGAUGCCCUUCCCCUCCCGCCUCCUGGUCGGAAGCGAGGUCAGCGUAGAUCCCGUUGCAGCAGCAGCAGGUGCUGCUGCAGCAAGUGUUGCUGCAGCAGGUGCUGCUUCUGUUUCAUCUGCUGCGGAUGAUGUUGCAUCAGGUACCGAUGAGGGCUUGAUUGAAAGCAGCUUUCGAGAAGGUGAUGGAAAAAGGCAGGAAGGGGGACCUGAUGGAGAGCUGCAUUUUUUGAAGGCUUUGAGGGACUUUCUGAUGAGGCCUCUCCCGCAUUCUUCUGCUCUAUUUGGCUGCUAUGGUAUGCUUGGAAAAACUUCAUUAGGCAAGGGGGUGCCAAUAGAAACUGGGAGCUCGCAGGAAUCUGCAGACACACCCGGCGACACAAGGGCCUCGUCAGCCCCCGAUGGUCCCCUUGUGCCGUUGCUGCCUGCCGACGAACCAUGCAUGCAUCAACGCGACCCGCAGAAGCAACAGCAGCAAUUGGACGAAUACGAAGAAGAAGAAAGACAGGAGAGUCGAGCAGAAAAGUCAACGCGCGCAUCUCCUAGAGAUCCCAGUGGGGCUUCGUACUGUAGCGGGGUCAACAGCAACGAAACCCGUCAAGACAAACAGACCUUCUUCGGGAAGUUCCAAGCCUUCCCUUUAGCAACGGACAGCAUUCCAGCAAAUACCAGUGAUUACCUCUUCGAGCUGACAAACCCGCAAGAUGCUGCAGCUCUGGGGACGCCUGAAAAUGGCAGCAACACGCGUGCAGAAACUGUCGGUGGUCCCCAGGCAGAAGGUGCAUCCGCUGCUGCAGCUGUUCCUGCAGCUGCUGCUGUUGGGAGAGCAUUUGCGCCUCCCCCCACUGCUUCUCCUAUUUUAUCUACCCUUGCACAGUCGAAGAAAGCAGCCCCCCCGGGGCGGAAGAGAGCGAGCAUCGAGGAUGCCGAAGAAGAGUUUGGAAGGCCUCCAGGAAGCAAGAGGAUUCGGGGGCCUACCGGCUAA